UGAUUUGGGUGGCGGUCAUGGAGACUCCUGCCCCUGUGACCCGGUAACGGAUAAGCGGAUGAAAAUAGAUGGAUGGAUGGAUUGGUUCCAGUCAUGGACGACCUCAGUUGUUGCUACAUCAACAUUAUCAUUGGUCCUUAAAAAACAAGCUGGACAUUGAUGACAUAUAAGCUGUUUGUCAUGUUAAGAUAUAGUAAACCCACCUACACAUUGAAUGACAUCACAGAGCAUCACUGAUUACAUCAUCAAAUUUUGCGAACAAAGUUACAAAUCAUCAAAGGAAGCAAAAAUCAUGUAUUUUCGGUAUGAAGUUGUUGCGUGUCCCAGGCACACGUUAUCUUUGUCAACAAAGGGACUGCUGUCUGUAAAUAAUUGGUUUUUUAUUAAAAAAUAUAUUUUAUGGUAAAAUUUUAAUUUUCAGUGAUCUCCACGGGGAAAACCAGUGAGUCAAUCAUGUUUAAUUAUUUAAUGUUUUUAAUAUAUUUUAUUGAAAGUCAACAAUUGCACGUGAGUAUUACGUUAUUUUAAGUAAAACAAUCAAUAUUAACCUAAACAAGCUUGUGUGAAAUAAAACUAUGACUUGAAGAACUAAGCUUAACCAAUAAAAUUCCCCCCAAAAUAUAUAUCUUCUUAAAUAUAUGCAAUAUAUGAAUAAUAGUAUAUGAAAUACUUAUGUUUACCUGUUGUAAAGCAAUGGAUUAUUGUGACUAAAGUAAAAAAAUAAACAUUUUCUUUGCUUUAACUCAAAAAUCAUUUUUUAAAAAGUUAUUGAGAUUCCAUAGUCUAUCUAAAAGUUAAAUUCAAUUUAUUUAUUUUUUCCACAGACAUUCACGUUAGAAAAGGAAAUGACAUGACAUAAACUUUGGUUUCAUAAAUCAGUGAAUGAAUGAUUAUGGUGAUGUGAAAUGUCAAACUUUUGGUUAUUUUUUGACUUGAACCCUUUCUCUCUCACGUCUCCACUCCCAGUCAUGUCUUCACAGAAUCCUAGCUUACAUGUCUCCUCACAAGGGGGAAGCGGAGAACUGUCCACGCUACUGUCUUCAUACGAUUCAGAGACUUUAUACAAAUCAGAUUCAGAGGAAGAAUAUUUCGACAGUGACCUCAGCCAGGCCAUCAACGCCCUCUACUUCAUCCAGCACCAGCUGCUGGAACUGUCCAAAGACUGUGACUUUGUGCUCUCUAAUGACAUGGUCAGUGGACCCUUCUUUAUGGAGCUGCAGGAUAAACUGGAGAAGCUGCUCCAUGAGACCCGGGCUGCCUGGAAUCCCCCAUUCAGAACACCUGAUUUAAAUGACUUUGACAUAUUGAACACUAUUGGCGGAGGCAGCUUUGGGACUGUCAAAGUUGUGACCCACACAGAGACCGGUCAGGCUUUCGCUAUGAAAACAAUCAGAAGGCAGAGUUUGACCAGAGAGCUGGAUGUGCAGCAUGUGUUGCUUGAACGAGACAUCCUGACCUUCACGGACAACCCCUUUGUUGUCUCCCUGUUUUGCACGUUUGAAACGGACGCAGACUUGUGUAUUGUAAUGGAGUAUGUGGCAGGUGGAAACUGUGAAAACCUACUCAAUCAGGGAAAAGUCCUUCCUGUGAAUGUUGCACGGUUUUAUACAGCAGAGGUCGUACUGGCUCUGGAAUAUCUGCACAGUUUUGGCAUCUUGCACGGAGACCUCAAACCAGAGAACCUUCUGCUGACCUACACAGGUCAUAUCAAAGUAGCAGAUUUCGGCCUGUCCAGGAUGGGUCCAGUCAAGUUCACAGCAGUGAUGAAUGAAGAGCAGCUCUCAAAGAUCAUUGAAGAGUUCACUGACGGACUGAUUGUCGGUACUCCGAGGUACACAGCUCCAGAGAUGAUCCUGGGAAUGUCCUAUGGGAAGCCCGUGGACUGGUGGGCUCUGGGAAUUAUUCUGUACCAGUUCCUCGUUGGCUGUUGUCCAUAUCAAGGAACCAGGUUCAAAGACAUCUUACAUCAGGUGGUCACAAAAAAACUUCUCUGGCCGAACAAACGAAGGAUUGUCCCCGAUGAUGCCAAGGUCCUGAUCAGCACACUACUCAACAUUGAUGUGAUGAAGCGUCUGGGAACGAGAGGGGCCAUCGAGCUAAAGAUCCACCCGUUCUUCCAGGAGGUGGAGUGGUACAGUCUUCUGGAUCAGGACCCUAUAUUUGAACUCCAGGAGGACAUUGAUUUUGAUGAAAACCACUUUGAAACAUCCUCAGAGUCCUUUGAGGAAGACCAGCCUGAAGAGCCCAUCGAAGAACACAAUGCCACUGAUAAUGGAAGCACCAGUGAAGAAGACGAGUCUGCUGACGAUGAGUGCACCGAGGACAGCUUCACGUUUGAGCUUCCUUACUUCUGCUCUGUGCCUUUUCGUGCUAAAGCGGUGUACGGCAGCCCAUUGCCGCUCUCUUACACACUUCUUCAGCAGAUUUCCGCGUUUACACAAUCAACACAUGUGAGGCUGAAGGAAAAGGAGAAGGAAGAGUACGAGCAGGAAUUGGAAAGCGAGCCUCUUGUAUUCUUUAGGGAGGACGGUGCCGGCGAGGAGGAGCAGGUGAAUGAGGGUUUCGAGGAAAAUGGCGACAACGACAGCUACGUUACGCUCACGUCCAAUGACGCCAGUCAGGUUAGCCAUUACAGUGUGGAGGAAAGAAAGAAGAGAAAGCAUACGGGAAAGAAUCAUAAGAAGAGAGGAAGAAGGCGAAAAAGGAGAAGGUGUCGGGGGUGGAGGAGGAGGAGAAAGAGGAAGAGGAGGAUGAUGAAAUGCCGAAGGACUGCGGUGUGGACCUCUGCAGAGAAUGCACAAAUGAUUGGCAGACACAGGGGUCAACAUGUCCACACACAUCAGUUUGAUUCAAACCGUGAGGUGGAAUAUAGAGAAGACUAGUUAAGGAGUGGGAGUGGAUGAAUAUCAGAGUUGGAUGUAAAUAUGUACAAUGUGGAAAGGACAGUGUGCACAUUCCAUACAUGUACAGUCGACUGCCACUGAUGCAGUGUCGUGACAUAAGGAAAUAUAGAAUCUUAUUGGCCAGUGUUCUUUCAUUCUCAUGAAAUGACAUAGGAUCAUUAUUUAAUGCUGCCUUAGAAAAAUGAAAGAAGGUUGAAGUUGUAUUUGUAGAUUUCAAGUUUUGUUUUUUGUUUUUUGUUUGUUUGUUUGUUUUUUACCAGCAAACCUCAUAGGAUGUACAUCAUUUAUAGAUUCAUCUAAUAAUUUAUAAGACUAUGGUUGAGUUUUCAAAACAAAAAAAACUAGUUCUUGAACUGGGUUGGUUGGCUGUUGGUUUGUGAAAGACCCUUGUCAAAUAAAGCAGUUUAGGACUGUCACUUCGAGAGAGGUGAUCUGUCAGGACUGAAGAUAAGGAUGGACACUUUCAUCCAAAUAUCCAUGAUGUUCCAGUGGAUAAAUUAAGGAGGACCAGAUGUUUCUGCCCAGUUCUUGUGCUGGUUCUGGAAGACUCAUUUGCCAACUUGAAACCCGACUUGGGCCUGGACUUUUAUUGACCCAGCUCUGGCUCAGAAGAUGUUUUGUUAGGGUCAACAAACAGUAUGUGGAAUCAUGUUUUUUUGUGACUUGCUUGGCCACAAGCUGGCCAUGGACCUGGCCCAAAUAAGAGAAAAUUAAACCAGCAUUAAGAUAAGCCAUUUAAGGUGGAAUCUGGAAAAUAUAUAGCCACAAGCAACAGGUUUGCAAGAGGAUAUUUAAAUAUUGACCAGAUUUAGGUGGGACAAACUCUGGGUGAAUAUCCUUUUGUCUGUACUGUGUCAUUGCCAGUAGUCGUCUCAACAUAUCUGACAAUUACCUAGAGACAAUUGUUAAUCAAAAUCUUCCCUCCGGUCGCCACUGACGACCACCAUGACGAUCUCAGUGGACCCAGGAAUGUGGUAUUGUAAACCCUAAUUUGUAUGCUUUUGUAAUCCGGUGGUUUAAGGGCAGUCUGUGGCUAAAUGGUAAAAGGAUUGUCCCAACCACAUUUUGUUGUCUGUUUACUAUAUGUAUAAAGCUGAGCUUUCUUCUCAGUCCUGUCCUAACUUUGGUAAUAAGUUCAGUCUUCAGACAUUUAGAAUUAUCACAGUCAUUUCUCAGUCUCUGAUUCCCUCCACAUCUAUGCAGAUGACACUCAAAUGUACUGUUAUCACCCGAUUGACCAUUUGAGCGGUAAUAUCUGUUGGACUUUUAUGCAAAAACUCAACAGAUAUGGAAGCCUGGUUGUUUUUUAAACAUUGAAAAAAUAAAUAACCAUCUGAUCAUUUUAGAAAGGAGUGAUGGUUGUCUCCUAAAUAAAAUGCUUGUUUGAAUGAGUUAUGACUUCAGACAGUGUGUUUAAACCUCUAAAGAUAUAAUAAGAGACAAGAUAUUAACAAUUCCACCUCCAGUUGUUUUUGAAAAUGUCUGCAUCUCAGUAAUUGAACCACUAGAAUUACUUCUAACUUUAUUCCUUGUUUUUAUUCUGUUACCAGUGCUGGUCGUCACUGUUUGAUGAUGUAAAAUUAGCCUCAGAGGCUUUGUAGAUCAGUAGUUAUUGGUCUGCUGCUAAACUUGGUCCAACAUGUUUAAAUUAUUCACCCUAAACUAUUGAACAAGGAUCUGAGUCCAAAAGUUAACUUUUCUACUCUUUUUUAUAGGCUUUAUAAAAUGAUUUUGUUUUUCUUCUUUUUUAAACAAUAUUUAUUAAGUCAUACUCUGAA